CCUAGGGCAUGACAUUGUUUCCUUAUCUGGCUGGAGUCAGUCUGGAGAACAGUCUGGACUGUUGUUCGUAGUGAAGAAGGAGCUCCACCCUCGGCCACUGCCCCGGCUGCUCUGCCCAUAAGUAAGGCCGAGCGGGUUCCCCUUGCCGGGCCCUUCAGCAUGGAUGCUUUUCAGGGGAUUUUAAAAUUCUUCCUCAACCAGAAGACUGUUAUCGGCUACAGCUUUAUGGCUCUGCUGACCGUGGGCAGUGAGCGGCUCUUUUCCCUUGUGGCCUUUAAGUGUCCCUGCAGCAAGGAGAACGUGGCCUAUGGGCUGGUGUUCCUGGUCGCCCCUGCCUGGGUGUUGCUGAUCCUGGGAUUUUUCCUGAACAGCAGGUCGUGGAGGCUCUUCACAGGCUGCUGUGUGAACCCCAGGAAAAUCUUCCCCAAAGGCCACAGUUGCCGCUUCUUCCAUGUCCUGGGCCAGAUCACGCUGAGUUCCCUGGUGGCUCCGAUGAUGUGGCUCUCCGUGGCUCUGCUCAAUGGGACUUUUUAUGAAUGUGCCAUGAGCGGGACCAAAAGCUCGAAACUCCUGGGCCUGAUCUGCAAGGACAAGCCCCGGGAGUGCUGGGAUGAGCUGCACAAAGUCUCUUGUGGCAAAACCAGCCUGACAGCCGCGGACAGCGAAGAACUGAAGCUGUCCCUGCAAGCCCAGUCCCAGAUUCUAGGAUGGUGCCUGAUUUGUUCAGCAUCUUUCUUCUCUCUGCUCGCCACUUGUUACGCUCGCUGCCGAUCUAAAGUUAGCUACCUUCAGCUGAGUUUUUGGAAGACAUAUGCACAAAAGGAGAAGGAGCAGUUGGAAAAUACAUUCCUGGAGUACGCCAACAAGCUGAGCGAGAGAAACCUGAAAUGCUUUUUUGAAAACAAGAGGCCAGAUGUCUUCCCUAUGCCCUCCUUUGCGGCCUGGGAGGCUGCUUCAGAGCUGCAUUCUUUCCACCAGAGCCGGCAACAUUACAGUACCCUGCAUAGGGUGGUGGAAGAUGGCCUGGAACUUAGCCCUGAGGACGAUGAGACCACAAUGGUGCUUGUGGGUACUGCCCACAGUGUGUAGUCCAUCCACUACUGCAGAACCACAGGGAUCGGGAUACACUCAUUCUGACAUUUUGGGCUGCAUCCAUAGCAACCCGGUGUAUCUCUGUGUUUUCUCACAUUUAGUGUUUCCUUGAAGACAAGAGCCCAAAGGGAAGCAGCUUUGCAGCUCCCAAGGGCAGGCAGUGUCAAGAUAUACUCAAACUGAUGCCUAGGGACUAGUCAAGGGUUGGGGUUGGGGUUCAGUGGCUUCAAGUUCUAAGAUUUUUAUGGUUUGAAAGCAAGACUCAUACAAGAAGUUUGGCCGCUCUUUGUGAACAUUGGUCAUGGCAUCUGGGGACAGAAGUGGUGACUUGUGAGUAAGCAAGAAACUCUUGCCAGACUGCUGGAGACAGUGGGAUCUGUGGUUUCGUCGGAGGAAAUCCUUGUCCUGCAAGUCUAUUCUACUACCUUUCAAGGACGUAUGAAAUCCUACCAUUUGGAAUUCAUUUCCUUGGAAGCUGAAGACAGCAGUUCUCACGAAUAACACAGUCAAAGGAUAUGAUGCCUAAAAUUUAGAGCUUUUUCACAUGUUUCCACUGUGCGCUGAAAAUAUGUCCCUAUAGUCAGGGCUGUCUUCUGACUUUUGGGGGCCAGAGGCACUGCUGCCUGCAUGAACCCCUUUCUACAUUAAAAAAGACACAUACACACACAUUUAUGACUGUAUUAAUAUAAAGACGAAUACACUGAUAUUAUGUAUUAAAGCAUUUUUUGCAACCCAAAAGUUCAUUCAUUUUCUUCUGAUUUUAAAAGAAAUUAAAAACACCUUCGUGAGCCCCAAAAAUUUCAUGGGUCCUUGGUAUAGUAGCCAUUGUGCUGAAAGGGUUCCUGACUAGAGGUCUGAGGAAACUGUCAAAACUGCUUUUGCAGUUUUAUGUUUAUCAAAACCAGACGCAAAAUGUGCAUCUACUAUGUAAUAUACCCAUGUUCUUUUAAAUAUAUAUAUACAUACAUACACACAGAGUGGAGGGUGGAGGAUGUAAAGUUCAGUAUAUUUGCAACAUAUGUGAUAUAUUAUUUGGAUUUUAAACAUGGUGUGUGAUUAAUAUGUAACAACUGGCUCUUAAAAAGAUUCUGAUUUGAAAUGUUUGCCAAUUUCUAUGACACAUAUUUAAGUUACCAAGGUGAGAUCACUGAAGGCAGAGUGAGGAAGAGAUGUUAACCACCGGCUCUCUUGAGCCUUUCAGAGAAGGUAUUAAAGCUAGUUUUCAUUUACAUUGAUUCUAACCAAAGCAACUUCAUUGCAUCUUUGGUGCAUCUGGGUUUCACUUUAAUAAAACCCAGCCAUGGUAGUACAGCUCAAUGGCUCCAAUUGAGAGAUGGAGUCUUACCCUUCUCCCCUUGAAUCCGGCCUUAGUGAACCCAAAGCACGUAGCAGAAAUAAAGCCAGAUUUGUGGAA